GAGGAUCAGAUGGCGCCACCUCACCGCCUUUCCGCCCCGUCCUCGUACAAAAAGGAAAAAAGAGUGUGGGAAAAUUUUCUUCCACGUUUGCACACUUUCGGGUCGAAUUAUGAUUUUGGACGGCCGAUGAUCCGCUCUUAGAAUUUUUUCAACGACGCGCUUCCCGACAUGGCUUCGAGGGGCGGCCCGACCGUCGCCGGCACGGACGGUAUGGACUUUUUGCACAGGCAGCGAGUCGCCGCACAAUAUCAAAUAAGCGCUCAUAACAAAUCUAGGCUUAAAUAUUGCAUAUUUUUCCAUUAUUUAUUAUUCUUUGCGAUGGUGGCAAAACUGUCUUCAGACAUUUUAGACAAAUUGGAUAUUUUUAUCUUAGAAAUAGAAGAACUUCAAGUGCCCAAGCCUUUGCUCUGGGAAUACUUGUGGUGUGUUAGCAUCCUCCUGACGUUCGUAGGCCUCGCGGCGGCGAGGAAGAACAAAGUGUCAAUCAUGCAGAAGUACAUGAUUGGGACGGGCGUAUUUGGCCUGCUCCCCGUCCUGUACGCAAUGUUCUACUAUUUCCCAGACGUUUGGCACUACGUAUCGACUGGUGAAAAAGACGAAAUACUUCUUUGGCAGGACUACCCUUAUGGCAUAUUGUGGUACGUAUUCAUAUUCGGAGCUCUCCAAGUCCAUUCGUUUUCGUUGUACUUUGCCAACAGUUUACUGACAGCUUGGAAAUCCAGAGGGACCAAGAAAGGCGAUUAAAGUCUUCCAAGUGUGUUAUAUUUUUAAUACCCCUCCCCCCAAUUAAAUAAAUUUAUUUAUUGUUGUUUUGUACAAAAAAAUUUUUUAAAGAAAAAAAAAUGGUUUGUUAAUUUGUUAUUUUCUUGGAUGGCUUAAAAUUUUGGGAUUUUAAAAACAGAUGGCACACUAUAAUCGUCAAUUUGGCAAUAAAUUGAAAAUUAUGAGCACCUAAUCUGAUCAACAUUUUUUGUUUUAUAGGGUUUAACUUCUAAUUUUUUUAAAUUAAUUUUUUUAAUAGACAAAGCUUUAAACAUUAUUUAUUUUAAACAGGACAGUAAUAAUUAGGGUAAAUAAGUCAUCAUCAUAUCAGAAAGAAAGAUGCAUUUAUCCUAUAUUAUAAAAAAAUGAAAUAAAAUAAAAUUAAUUAUGACCUCCCCCCCCCCCAAUAUUUAAAAACUAAA